GACGGAGAUUGAGAGAGAGAAGUAGAGGGAAAAUAUAAUGUCAAAUACAUGUUACAGUUCACGAUUCUUAGCUAUAAAUAAGAGAUUUUCUUUUGUUCACCGUUACUCAAAAUCGAAUCUAAUUCUAAGUCUACAGUUCUCUCGAAACAUUUCAAAGCAAAAUUUUCAGAAACAUUUCAGUUCUGGUAUUUCCGGUGUCGGAGUUUCUCCAAAUCCAGCGUUAUCCGUGUUGUCUUUUAAGAGAAGUGAUUUAAGGCCACCUUUGAAGAAGUUAUACAAAGAAGAAGAAGGAAAAGUAGAAGAAAUGACGAUUAAACCCGCGGUUAGGAUCGCCGAGAGGAAAUUAAUCGUAAAGGACCGGACAAUUUUGACGGGAGUUCCCGAAAAUGUGAUGGCGACGUCCGGUUCUGAAUCCGGUCCUGUCGAGGGAGUUUUCCUCGGAGCGGUUUUUGAUGAAGAGAACAGCAGGCAUGUGGUCCCCAUCGGUACGUUACGCGACGUCCGGUUCAUGUCCUGCUUUAGGUUCAAGUUAUGGUGGAUGGCCCAGAAAAUGGGAGAUCAAGGGAAGGACAUUCCUCUCGAGACUCAAUUCCUAUUGGUCGAAACCAAAGAAGGGUCCCACCUCGACUCAACCCAAGAAAAUCAAAUCGUCUACACCGUAUUCCUCCCUUUGAUCGAAGGCUCCUUUCGAGCCGUCUUGCAAGGAAACCAAAACGACCAGCUCGAGCUGUGUUUAGAGAGUGGCGACGCGGACACGAAAGCGUCGUCGUUUACGCAUGCCGUUUUCAUCCACGCUGGUACCGAUCCUUUUAUUACGAUCACGGAAGCAAUCAGGGCCGUCAAAUUACACCUCAAAACGUUCCGUCAACGGCACGAGAAAAAAUUACCUGGAAUCGUUGAUUAUUUCGGGUGGUGUACCUGGGACGCGUUUUACCAAGACGUUACUCAAGAAGGAGUCGAAGCUGGGCUCGAGUCUUUAGCUUCCGGUGGGACCCCUCCGAAGUUCGUGAUCAUCGACGACGGAUGGCAAUCCGUCGGUGGCGACCCCCGAGAAGAAAACAACCCAUCGUCGUCGUCCGAUCAGACCGAUACUAAACAACAGUCGUUGCUUCGGUUGACCGGGAUAAAAGAAAACGAGAAAUUCCAAAAGAAGGAUGAUCCAACGGUAGGAAUUAAAAACAUCGUCAAUAUUGCGAAAGAAAAACACGGGUUAAAUUUUGUGUACGUGUGGCACGCGAUAACCGGGUAUUGGGGUGGGGUCCGCCCGGGAGUUGAGGAAAUGGAGGCAUACGGGUCGAAAAUCCGGUACCCAAUGGUUUCGAAGGGAGUGGUGGAUAAUGAACCGGGUUGGAAAACCGACGCGAUAGCGGUUCAAGGGUUGGGUUUGGUGAACCCGAAAAAUGUGUACAAGUUUUACAAUGAGUUGCACAGUUAUCUGGCGUCUGCGGGUAUAGACGGAGUGAAGGUGGACGUGCAGUGCAUUUUGGAAACACUUGGAGCUGGGCUGGGUGGAAGAGUGGAGUUGACGAGGCAAUAUCAUCAGGCUCUUGAUGCAUCGGUGGGGAGCAAUUUUCCAGACAAUGGGAUCAUCGCUUGCAUGAGCCAUAACACUGAUGCACUCUACUGUUCAAAACAGACGGCGGUGGUCAGAGCAUCGGAUGAUUUCUACCCGCGAGAUCCUGUGUCACACACCAUCCACAUUGCGGCGGUGGCAUACAAUAGCGUGUUCCUUGGGGAAUUUAUGUUGCCGGAUUGGGACAUGUUUCACUCUUGUCAUCCGGCCGCCGAGUACCACGCUUCAGCACGUGCUAUCAGCGGUGGUCCCCUCUAUGUUAGUGAUGCGCCUGGGAGGCACAACUUUGAGAUCCUGAAGAAACUGGUGUUGCCCGAUGGGUCGAUCCUCCGGGCUCGUUUGCCUGGACGGCCCACUCGUGAUUGCUUGUUUACAGAUCCAGCCCGUGAUGGUGUUAGCUUGUUGAAGAUAUGGAACAUGAACAAGUACACCGGAGUGCUUGGCGUAUACAACUGCCAAGGUGCAGCAUGGAACGGCGCUGCGCGUAAAAAUACUUUCCACCAAACCAAGGACGAGUCUAUAACGGGCCAUGUAAAGGGCCGUGAUGUCCACCACAUUGCGGAGGCCUCCAUGGACCCUGCCUGGACUGGUGACUGUGCAGUCUAUUCACACCGGAACGGUGAACUAAUCACCCUUCCAUACAAUGCAACCAUGCCAGUGUCCCUCAAGGUCCUUGAGCAUGAAAUCUUCACAGUAACACCCAUCAAGGUUUUGGCUCCAGGGUUCAGUUUUGCACCAUUGGGACUCAUCAACAUGUACAAUUCUGGUGGUGCCGUUGAGGGGCUAAAAUAUGAAGUUAAAGAUGGUGCCAAGUUUUCCGAGCUUGAUGAUGGAUAUGAAGAUGAAAGCAGUGGUGUUGCUGGUGUGAGAGCGAACAAUUGCAGCAAUGAAUUGGUGGGGAAAGUUCGCAUUGAAAUUAAAGGUUGCGGCAACUUUGGUGCUUAUUCAUCAGCAAAGCCGAGAAAGUGCACUGUUGGAUCUAGUGAAGUUGAAUUUGAUUACGAUUCAUCGUCAGGAUUAGUGAAGUUCAGCUUGGAAAAAUUGCCCGAUGAAGGGCAGAAAGUCCAUGUUCUUGAAGUAGAGUUAUGAGUUAGAUGCAGCAUGUUAAGAGUAGUGUCAGAUCGAGUGAGGGAAAUGUUGGGGAGUAGGUUACGCUGUGGGUGAGGUGACUUUUCAUUGUUCCUUCAUAUUUUUUUACCCAUUUAUUAGUCCUAUGUAUUAUGAGAUGGAGGAAAGAAAUUGAAUAAAGUUUCUUAUUGCUGUUAAA